CAUCCACAUCCAGGGUUCAGACUGAAAACAUCUUAGUAUCUGUUAAGGAAAAAGAGGAGCAUAAUAUUGAAUUGAGGCAGGCUCUUCAAGAUAUGGAAAGUGAGUUAAGACAAUUAGAGGUCAGCAAAGAGUGUUCUGACAAAGAUUUGUCUGUAUUGUCACUAACCAUGUCUGAUAGAUUAGUUGCUUUAGAGGAGGAAAAUGUCUCCCUACAGACUAUGCUCAAACAGUUGAGAGAAAGACAUCAGUGUGAGGUAGAUUCUUUGAGGGGUGAAUUAAAUGAAGUUUCGGAAUUGUUGAAACGGACAGAGUGUACCCUUAACGAUAAAGAAAUGUGCUAUCAAGGUAAGAAUCAACAGAAUGUUUUAUUUCAAGAAAAUAUACAGCACCUUCAUGCACAGCUCCAAACUGAGACUGAAAAUCUGAGAGAGGCAGGUAUUAAACAGACAGCUCUACUUAGUGACAUCCAAAUGAAAGAUGAGAAGGUCAGCUGCAUGACCAUCCAAAUAAGUCACCAGAAGGAAUUGCUAGCAGGUCUCAGUCAACAGUUGAUGGAGAAAGAUGCUUCAGUAGCACAGGUAAUUGAAUCCGCCUCAAACGAAAGAAUGAAAUACGCAGAGGAAAAUAGUAAUUUCCUCUCGCAGCUGGAAAGCUUGGAAAAUGCACAAAGUAGUUCUAUGAAACAGCUUGAACAUAUGUUCUUGCAACUAGAAGAGAGCAAAGCUCAUCUGUCACGCUCUCAAAGUGAACUUGAGACCAAGGAUUUGGAGAAUGGAGAUUUGGUUAAGGAAAAGGAUCAUCUCAACACUCAGCUCACUAAGUUAACCAAAGAAAAAGAGAUCAUGAAAAAGAAGCUCCAAGCUGCUCUGGUUGUAAGGAAAGAACUAUUGAAGAAGCUAGAGGAGCAUGAACAUCAACUAGAGCAGAAUGUGAAUAAAGGAAUUGAGAUUUCAGGCUUACAGGAUAGGUUGCAAGAACUCACUUUACAAGCUCAAGCUACUACAAAAGAGCACGAAGACAUUGUUGCAGAUGUUAAACGGCAAGUUAAUCAGAAAGAGGGUGAACUCCUAGAACUGGCCAAGGUCUUAACAGUGCGAGACAGUCUUGUAGAACAUUUUGAAAUAAAUAUGCAAACUUUGCAAGCCAAACUAGAUGAACAAGAAGCAAGUUUGACAACAGCUCUGCAUAAUCUCAAUGAAAAGAGCAUCAUCGUUGAUCAACUUAAUUCCAUCAUCUCUGAGAAAGACGAGGCUUUUGAACAGGAGAGAAGUGGUAUGAUGCUGAGGUUAGAGAAGCUUCAAGAGGAUAUGAGAAAGAGCGAGGAGAGUUUGAAGGAGGACAUGUCAAGCUCCAGUGCUACAGCUGUUGACAUUGAAAACGAGUUAACGAAGGUGAAGCAAGAAAAGGCAAUGAUGCAGAAAAAGGCUCAAGCUGCUUUACUAGCACGAAAAGAGACUAUAAGGAAGUCUCAAGAAAGUGAGAAAAAGUACACCCAAGAGCUUUCAGAAUUAAAAGAUGAUUAUAAAGCACUCUUGGAACAACACUGUCAGCAGACCAAUGACCUUAAUGCUGUCCAGUUAAGUUACGACCAGAAGGUCAAGACAUUUGAAGAAAUCAGUCAGGCCUCAGUCUCUCAGCUAGGUGAAUUGGAGACCCUAAGACUGCUUGUACAGGAACGGGAUAAAACUCUUCAAGACCUCAACAUAUCCCUAUCAGAGAGGGAGAGUCAAGUCCAUGCCUCAUAUCAAGCAGAGCUAGAAACCCUUCACUUCAAACUGGAAAGCAUGUCCUCUGAGUUGGCAAAUAAGGACAAGGUUCUCAUAGCACUGGAACAGAAGUCCAAAGCAUUAUCUGAGAGAAUGAGCUGCACAGAAAGUCAACUUGAAAAAGCCCAUGCAGAGAUAAAGGAGAAGAUGGAAGAGCUCGCAAGACAGCAACAAGCAGUGGAGAUGGCCGAGCAGCAGCACCAGCAGGAAAAACAAACUAUGGUAGAUGACCACCUGGUGCUGCAGAACCAGUUGGGCCCAUUACAAGCCACAGUGGAGGAGCUAAAACACACCUUAGAAGCACUUGUUGGUGAGAAAGAAUCCCAGUCGCACAAAUUUAUAAGUGAAACCAAAGAACUAAUAGAGGACAGGGAUCGAAUGAAAGGAGAGCUGGAGAAUGCACUCACUAUCAUCGCCCAGCAAUCGUCUGAACUUCAAAUCCUCCAAAACACUUGGGCUGAAACUCAACAGCAACUCGGUGAAGAAAAGGAACAGCUAAAAGUGGAGCUGGAAAAAGCACAGUCCCAUUCUGCAGAGUCCCAGGCUGAAAUGGAAAGUCAUAAGCUGCACAUGGAAUCACUACAGCAGGAAAAAGAAAGCGCCUUCAUGGUCAUAGAACAAUUAAACUGUGAAGUUGCCAUGCUGGAUGCUCAGCUAAAGGAAGCUGGAAAAGUACAUGAGGAGCUUCUUCAAAAGAUACCUGGUUUGCAGGAUAAAUCCUCUGAACAGAUUGGGGUAAUUGGGAAGGAGGUCCAGUAUCUUAAUAAGAUAUCCCCUGAAGAACAUGAGAUGAGUCUCAAGGAAAGAGAUGAUGCCCUGGUGAUUUCUCAGUCUCUGGCCACGGAAAAGGAAGAGCUUAUUGCUGCCUUGGAACAGCAACUGCAGCGGCAGAUUCACCUUCACGAAGUUGCCAUGGAAAAGAUGAGGACUGAAGUUGAUGAGCUUCAGCAGAGGUCUCAAGAAGAUGCCAGCAAAACAAAGGAUCAGGGCAACCAAAGCAAAACAGCACUUCUCAACAGGAAGCUUCAAGCAGCCUUAGUUUCCAGGAAAGAAAUCUUGAAAGAUAAUAGCUCUCUGAAGGAACAAAUGCGUAUACUCUCAGCUAAAAAUGAAGAAAUUGGGGCAUCAUCCACUGUACUGGAAAUGUCUGUUGCCAAGUUGAAACAACAAAAAGAGGACCUGGAGAGUUCUGUAUCAUCCCUGAGCAGGGAGAAAGAGAAGCUCAUUGCCGAGGUUGAUCGCAUCCUCAAUGAUAAUCACAAUUUAUCUGCAGCCUGUGAAAGCCUCAAACUCACCAUAGAAAAUAUCACCCAACAGAAACAGGCAUUUUCGUGUCAGCUUGAGUCCCUGAAAGACUCGCAGACGGAUGAGUUGUCGGAGUGGAAAUCCAAGCACACAGAGCUGAAACAGGAGUAUGAGUCACUUUUACAAGCGUACGAGAAUGUCAGUAGCGAAAUGGACAAGAUGAGACAACUAUUGGAGGGGGCAAGAAAGAGAGACAAGAAGCGCUCGUUAAAGCACACAAAUCUGAAGCUGAAAGGGAGAAUCUGGAGAAACAAGUUGGGGAGAUGGAGGAUGAAAAUGAGAAAAUUAAUGAGAAGAUGA